UGCUGUUUGAUGUUGAUCUCAUGAGAUUUACCCUUCUUUUCAUUUGCAGAAAGACUUCUUUUCGAUCGAGAUUGUUGACGGGCGUGUUGUGUUCCAGUACCAGUUGAGCGGUACCACGCGUGCAAGGAUAGAAAGCAGGAGGAGGUACAAUGAUGACAAAUGGGUGCAGAUCAACGCUGCCAGGAAUGGACUACAAGGUCGUCUCCAAGUUGGCGAGGAGAUCAUAUCCGGAGUUGCCGGUCCCGGCACAGAUGUUGGCCUGGAGCUUCUCAACAGUACAAUGUACUUUGGCGGUGUCCCGGAUUCAUUGAACAAGAUCUUGGAGGAACUGAACGUGACCAACACAAAAUAUCUUGGCUGUAUGCGAGAGGUUCAGGUAUCCUCUCGCAGUCUCAUCUCGCAGAACAUUCUCACAGGGAACUACUAUGGUAUUAAUCCAGGAUGUGUUGUCAGUGCGAGAAUAAGCGGUUUCUAUUCCGUCGGCUACCUGGAGCUCCCCCCUCAGGAGAUGAGUCGCGACAGUGACUUGUCAUUCUCUUUCGUCACCAUGGAGAAGGAAGGUCUCAUAUUCUUGUCUCGGGGAGAAGAGGAGGGUGAUGAGCACCACGUUUCGAUUUCGGUCAUCGAUGGCCAUGUUGAUGCGCGGUUCAAUGCCGGUCGAGGUGGCGUGAGCAUCCGUUCGAGCAAAAGAUACAACGAUGAUCUAGUUCAUAGCGUCACUAUCAUCAAGACGCGGAGGCUACUUGACUUGGUCAUUGAUGAUGAAAAGGUUGGCAGUGCCCGCCUGCCUCGUGGACCGACAAAGAUUGCUCUCGGAGACGACACUAAAGAUGGUAUUUUUAUUGGUGGUACCCCUAAAGGAACGGAGGGGCACAAUGCAUCCGCUGCAACGGACAAGGGAUUUUUUGGAUGUGUAUUUAACCUAGUCAUUAAUGGAAAGUUAAUCUACAUGGACAACAAUAAGGGAUUUAAGAAUGCGGACAUUGGCCGCUGUGCUGUAAACCAUAAGGAGGCGAAUCUGACCGCAAAUAUUGUCGCAAGUCCCACCGGACUACCAGAUUCAUCUUUUACAAUUGACCCAGAUCCAACUCAGCCUUUGCCAACGGAGCCUCCAAGUAAAUGUGCCAAGGCCGUUGAAUACAAAGAUGUACCCCGAGGAUUCAGCUUCGGGGGCACUGCUGACAGUCAUGGGGAGAUUAUGCUGGAGCCAUCCAUACUUGCUGGAGAUUUCGAUAUAACGCUCGACUUCCGAACAUUCCAACCCUAUGGUCUGAUGUUUUACUUCAUGAGCAUCGACCAAUCGGAAUACCUCGCCAUGCAGAUGAACAACGGCAAGAUAACGCUCUCGUACACUCCCAAUCCCGGAUUUCACGACUCCGUCAGCACGAAUAUUUGGUAUGACGAUGGCAACUGGCAUGUUCUCCAAUUUACGAAGGCUGGUAAAAAAUUGGCGAUGGCCCUUGACGGAGGCAAUGAAUUUUCAGCAAAUUUCCAGGGAGGAAUGAAUCUUGAGCCCAAAAUGUAUCUUGGAGGCCUACCAGAAUCUGUGGUCACUGGGGAUGUAAUUAUUCGCACCAGUUUCCCUGGUUGUCUUAGGAAUAUCAGGCUCCUAGGUAUUCCACUCAGUCUUGACAGCCCCGGUGCCGUUAAGAAGGACGUGGGCACAUGUUACUUACAAGUUGAACAGGGCAGUUACUUUAGCUCUGGCGCAUACGGUAUCGUAGAAAAGAAUUAUUUCGUUGGCCAAGAGUACAAUGUCCGGUUGGAUUUCCGAACAAAUCGUCUCAAUGGUGUACUGCUGAGCAUCAGUAAUCCGGAGGGAUUCCCCGCCCUGGCUAUAGAGGUUAUUGAUGGAAGGGUGAAAUACACUGCCAAAAACAAGAACGGUCACUUCCACGCUAUAUCAAAUGAGCUUCAGAACCUGUGUGACAACAAAUGGCACAAUAUUAUAGCAGAGCUGAUCAAGAAUGUCGUGACAAUCCAGGUUGAUCACACUCAGACGGAGAUUGGUAUAGACAGUGGAUCAACCAGACAACUGGAAACUCGCAGUUCCAUGUACUUAGGAGGAUUUCCAAGUACUGCACUACCACAGGGUGCCACGCAUUCCAAUGAUACAUUCGUCGGCUGCAUGAAGAACCUCUUCAUAAACGGACGACGAGUCGAUAUGUACAAGCUACCAGAGAGCAAUGGGAUCAACAGGGCAAGCUGUCCUGUCUAACUCAACUGAGAUAUUUUUUAAAAGUCUAUAAAAAGUUAUCUCAUGAAAGAAAGAACAAAACCUCAAGCCUUGAAACCCAUGACUUUGCUCCCCUGUUCUGACGAUUCAAUUAAGAAACAU